AUGCUGACUGCACGGGCGCUUCUGAUCUUCCUGCCCCUCCUUAGGGUACAGUCGCAGCUGCAGUAUGGGAAUCGCUCGACAUUGGAAAAGCUGGCAAGGGAAGCCGAGGAGCAUGCGGGACCCGAUGAGAAGGUUAGCGAGGGAUUCACGAACCCCGGUCUUUGCGACUCCAGUGUGAAGCAGACGGCAGGCUACAUUUCAGUGAACCCGAUCACGAACUAUUUCUUCUGGCUUUUCGAGGCGAAGCAGAACCCGGAAUCAGCGCCGUUGCUGAUGUGGCUGUCUGGCGGCCCCGGCUGCUCCUCCCAGCUGGCCCUGUUCGCAGAGAACGGACCCUGCAAGGUGGCAAAGAACGGCGAGAAGACCUACGCGAAUCCGUCGUCUUGGCAUAACGCAGCCAACGUGAUGUGGGUCGACCAGCCUGCCGGUGUUGGAUUCUCUACCGGUAUUGGCACCCACGACGAGAAGGGAGUUGCAGAAAAUAUGUACGUGUUCUUGCAGAAGUUCUUCCAGCAGUUCCCACAGUACCAGAAGACCAACUUCUUCGUGUUCGGAGAGUCCUAUGCAGGACACUAUGUGCCGGCUAUUUCCCAUCGAAUCUGGAGCGGCAACAAGGCCAACGAGGGACUGCACAUUCCCCUGAAGGGCCUGGCCAUCGGCAAUGGACUGACUGACCCUCUGGAGCAGUACAAGUGGUACCCUGAGAUGGGCCACUUCGGUGGACAGCAGGAGGGAGGGCAUGCGCCUGCAAAUGUGAUCAGCAAGGGCGACUACUACAUCAUGAAGGCAAUGGUCCCGGCAUGUGAGCUUGGAAUCAUUGCCUGCAACAGAGGCGUGGACCCAGACCCCCAGACUGGCGGCAUCGUAAAUGCCACGGCCUGCUUCGCAGCCUACGAUGCCUGCAACUUCAUGGCGAUCAUGCCUUAUGAGCUGACAGGCAAGAACCCGUAUGACAUGCGCAUCAACUGCGAGCACGGGCGCCUGUGCUACGACUUCGACAUGAUUACGAGCUACCUGAACAAGCCGGAGGUGCAGACCGCGCUGGGGGUGAAGAAGACCUGGGGCUCUUGCAACAUGGCGGUGGACCUGUCCUUUGUUGCUGCUGGAGACUGGCUGGUGAGGUAUCAGGGCCUGCUCCCUGACCUCCUCAAAGAUGGCAUUGACGUGCUCAUCUAUGCCGGUGACGUAGAUUACAUCUGCAACUGGCUGGGGAACAAGGCCUGGACCCAGAAGCUUGACUGGGAGCAUUCGGCGGAGUUCAACAAGGCCCAAGAUGAAGAGUGGAAGGUGAACGGUCGCACGGCGGCGAAGCUCCGCUCUUCCAAUGGCCUCAGCUUCAUGCAGGUCUUCGAGGCUGGGCAUAUGGUCCCCAUGGACCAGCCCGAGGUUGCCUUGGAGAUGGUUCGUCAGUUCGUGGCGCGGCAAGAGCGGUAA